AUGAUUAACACACACAUACGCACAAAUCUAUCUAUCUAUCUAUCUAUCUAUCUAUCUAUCUAUCUAUCUAUCUAUCUAUCUUUUCUAUAUCUAUCUAUGUUUGUCUGUCUCAGUCUUUACAUCUCUUCACUCUUGUUCCAUUAUUACGUUACAUCUCUUCUCUCUUGUUCCAUUAUUAUACUUACAUCUCUUCUCUCUUGUUCCAUUAUUAUACUUACAUCUCUUCUCUCUUGUUCCAUUAUUAUCGUUACAUCUCGUCUCUCUUCUUCCAUUAUUAUCGUUACAUCUCUUCUCUCUUGUUCCAUUAUUAUGUUACAUCUCUUCACGCUUGUUCCAUUAUUAUCGUUACAUCUCGUCUCUCUUGUUCCAUUAUUACGUUACAUCUCUUCUCUCUUGUUCCAUUAUUACGUUACAUCUCUUCUCUCUUGUUCCAUUAUUAUCGUUACAUCUCGUCUCUCUUGUUCCAUUAUUACGUUACAUCUCUUUCCUCUUGUUCCAUUAUUAUCGUUACAUCUCGUCUCUCUUGUUCCAUUAUUACGUUACAUCUCUUCUCUCUUCUUCCAUUAUUAUCGUUACAUCUCUUCUCUCUUGUUCCAUUAUUACGUUACAUCUCUUCCUCUUGUUCCAUUAUUAUCGUUACAUCUCGUCUUUUCUUGUUCCAUUAUUACGUUCUCUUUCUCUCUUGUUCCAUUAUUACGUUACAUCUCUUCUCUCUUGUUCCAUUAUUACGUUACAUCUCUUCUCUCUUGUUUACGUUACAUCUCUUCUCUCUUGUUCCAUUAUUUCGUUACAUCUCUUCUCUCUUUGUUCCAUUAUUAUCGUUACAUCUCUUCUCUCUUGUUCCAUUAUUAUCGUUAUAUCUCGUCUUUCUUGUUCCAUUAUUACGUUACAUCUCGUCUCUUGUUCCAUUAUUCUCUCUUCUUGUUCCAUUAUUACGUUACAUCUCUUCUCUCUUGUUCCAUUAUUACGUUACAUCUCUUCUCUCUUGUUCCAUUAUUAUCGUUACAUCUCUUCUCUCUUGUUCCAUUAUUACGUUACAUCUCUUCUCUCUUGUUCCAUUAUUAUCGUUAUAUCUCGUCUUUCUUGUUCCAUUAUUACGUACAUCUCUUCUCUCUUGUUCCAUUAUUACGUUACAUCUCUUUUCUCUUGUUCCAUUAUUAUCGUUACAUCUCUUCUCUCUUGUUCCAUUAUUACGUUACAUCUCUUCUCUCUUGUUCCAUUAUUAUCGUUACAUCUCGUCUCUCUUGUUCCAUUAUUACGUUACAUCUCUUCCUCUUGUUCCAUUAUUACGUUACAUCUCUUCUCUCUUGUUCCAUUAUUAUUUCAUCUCGUAUCUCUUUACUCUUGUUCCAUUAUUACGUUACAUCUCUUCCCUCUUGUUCCAUUAUUACGUUACAUCUCUUCUCUCUUGUUCCAUUAUUACGUUACAUCUCUUCUCUCUUGUUCCAUUAUUACGUUACAUCUCUUCACUCUUGUUCCAUUAUUACAUUUGUUCCAUUACAUCUCUUUCUCUUGUUCGUUACAUCUCUUCUCUCUUGUUCCAUUAUUACGUUACAUCUCUUCCUCUUGUUCCAUUAUUACGUUACAUCUUUCUCUCUUGUUCCAUUAUUACGUUACAUCUCUUCACUCUUGUUCCAUUAUUACGUUACAUCUCUUCCUCUUGUUCCAUUAUUACGUUACACUUGUUCCAUUAUCGUUCAUCUUCUCUCUUGUUCCAUUAUUACGUUACAUCUCUUCUCUCUUGUUCCAUUAUUACGUUACAUCUCUUCUCUCUUGUUCCAUUAUUACGUUACAUCUCUUCUCUCUUGUUCCAUUAUUACGUUACAUCUCUUCUCUCUUGUUCCAUUAUUACGUUACAUCUCUUCUCUCUUGUUCCAUUAUUACGUUACAUCUCUUUCUCUUGUUCCAUUAUUACGUUACAUCUCUUCUCUUGUUCCAUUAUUACGUUACAUCUCUUACUUGUUCCAUUAUUACGUUACAUCUCUUCUCUCUUGUUCCAUUAUUACGUUACAUCUCUUCUCUCUUGUUCCAUUAUUACGUUACAUCUCUUCUCUUGUUCCAUUAUUCUUGUUCUUGUUCCAUUAUUACGUUACAUCUCUUUCUCUUGUUCCAUUAUUACGUUACAUCUCUUCUCUCUUGUUCCCAUUAUUACGUUACAUCUCUUCUCUCUUGUUCCAUUAUUACGUUACAUCUCUUCUCUCUUGUUCCAUUAUUAUCGUUACAUCUCUUUCUUCUCUCUUGUUCCAUUAUUACGUUACAUCUCUUCUCUCUUGUUCCAUUAUUACGUUACAUCUCUUCUCUCUUGUUCCAUUAUUAUCGUUACAUCUCUUCUCUCUUGUUCCAUUAUUAUCGUUACAUCUCUUCUCUCUUGUUCCAUUAUUACGUUACAUCUCGUUUCUCUUGUUCCAUUAUUAUUAUUACGUUACAUCUCUUCUCUCUUGUUCCAUUACGUUACGUUACUUGUUCCAUUAUUUCUUCUCUCUUGUUCCAUUAUUAUCGUUUCAUCUCUUCUCUUGUUCCAUUAUUACGUUACAUCUCUUCUUGUUCGUUGUUCCAUUAUUACGUUACAUCUCGUCUUGUUCCAUUAUUACGUUACAUCUCUUCUUUGUUCCAUUAUUACGUUUCUCUCUCUUUGUUCCAUUAUUACGUUACAUCUCUUUCUCUUGUUCCAUUAUUAUCUUACAUCUCUUCUCUCUUGUUCCAUUAUUACGUUACAUCUCUUAUCUCUUGUUCCAUUAUUAUCGUUACAUCUCGUCUCUCUUGUUCCAUUAUUAUCGUUACAUCUCUUCUCUCUUGUUCCAUUAUUAUCGUUACAUCAUCUCUUGUUCCAUUAUUACGUUACAUCUCUUCUUCUUGUUCCAUUAUUACGUUACAUCUCUUAUGUCUUGUUCCAUUAUUAUCGUUACAUCUCUUCUCUCUUGUUCCAUUAUUAUCGUUACAUCUCUUAUCUCUUGUUCCAUUAUUAUCGUUACAUCUCUUCCUCUUGUUCCAUUAUUAUCGUUACAUCUCUUCUCUCUUGUUCCAUUAUUACGUUACAUCUCUUCUCUCUUGUUCCAUUAUUACGUUACAUCUUUCUCUCUUGUUCCAUUAUUACGUUACAUCUCGUCUCUCUUCUUCCAUUAUUACGUUACAUCUCGUCUCUCUUCUUCCAUUAUUACGUUACAUCUCUUCUCUCUUGUUCCAUUAUUACGUUACAUCUCGUCCCUCUUGUUCCAUUAUUAUCGUUACAUCUCGUCCCUCUUGUUCCAUUAUUAUCGUUACAUCUCUUCUCUCUUGUUUCAUGAUUAUGUUACAUCUCUUCACUCUUGUUCCAUUAUUACGUUACAUCUCUUCUCUCUUGUUCCAUUAUUACGUUACAUCUCUUCUCUCUUGUUCCAUUAUUAUCGUUACAUCUCUUCUCUCUUGUUCCAUUAUUACGUUACAUCUCUCUCUUGUUCCAUUAUUACGUUACAUCUCUUAUCUCUUGUUCCAUUAUUACGUUACAUCUCUUCUCUCUUGUUCCAUUAUUACGUUACAUCUCUUCUCUCUUGUUCCAUUAUUAUCGUUACAUCUCGUCUCUCUUGUUCCAUUAUUACGUUACAUCUCUUCUCUCUUGUUCCAUUAUUAUCGUUACAUCUCUUCUCUCUUGUUCCAUUAUUACGUUACAUCUCUUCUCUCUCUUGUUCAUUAUUACGUUACAUCUUCUUGUUCUUGUUCCAUUCUCGUUACAUUUCUCUUGUUCCAUUAUUACGUUACAUCUCUUAUCUCUUGUUCCAUUAUUACGUUACAUCUCUUCUCUCUUGUUCCAUUAUUACGUUACAUCUCUUCUCUCUUGUUCCAUUAUUACGUUACAUCUCUUCUCUCUUGUUCCAUUAUUACGUUACAUCUCUUCUCUCUUGUUCCAUUAUUACGUUACAUCUCUUCUCUCUUGUUCCAUUAUUAUCGUUACAUCUCUUCUCUCUUGUUCCAUUAUUACGUUACAUCUCUUCUCUCUUGUUCCAUUAUUACGUUACAUCAUCUUCUCUCUUGUUCCAUUAUUAUAGUUACAUCUCUUUUCUCUUGCUCCAUUAUCAUCGUUACAUCUCGUCUCUCUUGUUCCAUUAUUACGUUACAUCUCUUCUCUCUUGUUCCAUUAUUACGUUACAUCUCUUCUCUCUUGUUCUAUUAUUAUGUUACAUCUCUUCACGCUUGUUCCAUUAUUAUCGUUACAUCUCGUCUCUCUUGUUCCAUUAUUACGUUACAUCUUUCAUCUGUUCCAUUAUUACGUUGUUCCAUUAUUACGUUACAUCUCUUCUCUCUUGUUCCAUUAUUACGUUACAUCUCUUCUCUCUUGUUCCAUUAUUACGUUACAUCUCUUCUCUCUUGUUCCAUUAUUAUCGUUACAUCUCUUCUCUCUUGUUCCAUUAUUAUCGUUACAUCUCGUCUCUCUUCUUCCAUUAUUACGUUACAUCUCUUCUCUCUUGUUCCAUUAUUACGUUACAUCUCUUCUCUCUUGUUCCAUUAUUUCGUUACAUCUCUUCUCUCUUGUUCCAUUAUUACGUUACAUCUCUUCUCUCUUGUUCCAUUAUUAUCGUUACAUCUCUUCUCUCUUGUUCCAUUAUUACGUUACAUCUCUUCUCUCUUGUUCCAUUAUUAUCGUUACAUCUCUUCUCUCUUGUUCCAUUAUUACGUUACAUCUCUUCUCUCUUGUUCCAUUAUUACGUUACAUCUCUUCUCUCUUGUUCCAUUAUUAUAGUUACAUCUCUUCUCUCUUGUUCCAUUAUUAUAGUUACAUCUCUUCUCUUGUUCCAUUAUUAUCGUUACAUCUCUUCUCUCUUGUUCCAUUAUUACGUUACAUCUCUUCUCUCUUGUUCCAUUAUUACGUUACAUCUCUUUCUUGUUCCAUUAUUACGUUACAUCUCUCUUGUUCCAUUAUUAUCGUUACAUCUCGUUCUCUUGUUCCAUUAUUAUCGUUACAUCUCGUUUCUUCUUGUUCCAUUAUUACGUUACAUCUCGUUUUCUCUCUUGUUCCAUUAUUACGUUACAUCUCUUCUCUCUUGUUCCAUUAUUCUUGUUCUUCUCUUGUUCCAUUAUUACGUUACAUCUCUUCUCUUGUUCCAUUAUUACGUUACAUCUCUUCUCUCUUGUUCCAUUAUUAUCGUUACAUCUCUCUUCUUUGUUCCAUUAUUAUCAUUCCAAACAUCUACUAUUCUCGUCCCUCUUGUUCCAUUAUUACGUUACAUCUCUUCUCUCUUGUUCCAUUAUUAUGAGUUACAUCUCGUGUCUCUUGUUCCAUUAUUGACGUUAAAUCUCUAUUCGAUAAAUUUCUUCCAUUAUUACUAA